UCAUGUAUCAGAAGACGAAAGCGAAACUUUGUUCAGUUGUUAUAACGAAAUUUUUUUCGUUGGAUUAAUAAUUAUUACGCUUUCAUAUAAAGAAAUUGUAAAUAAUACGUUUUAAAGUGUAACAGUGCAUUAUGGCAAACCUAAAGUCAGACCUGGAUCAGUAUCUACUUCAAAACGAAAGCCGUCGAAGUUACAAAAUUAGUUUACCAUUCUCAACUCCUAGUUUUUUUUCACGAAGCAAUGACGAAACUCCCACGAGCACUAGCUCAGCCGGAACUUGGUUCGAAAACGUUCAAAAAGAAUAUUUUACCCUGACUCGAACACAACGGUUUCUGGGUUUUGGUAUAUGUUUAUUCUUGGGUAUCCUAUGCUUUACAUUAUCAUUCUUUUAUAUACCACUUCUGCUACUGAAAGCAAGAAAAUUUGCCCUUUUAUUCUCUUUGGGCAGUCUCUUCUUUAUAAUGAGUUUCAGCUUUCUCUACGGCCCUUGGUCACAUGUCAAGUCUUUAUUCUCAAAGGAAAGGGCAUUAACAACGUCUCUCUAUGGACUUACUUUAAUAGCCACAUUAUACUGUGCACUUCAUCUCCAGAGCACACCAUUGACAGUCAUAUUUGCAGUUGCCCAAGUCCUAGCCUUAAUGUGGAUGAUGCUGGGCUCGAUACCCGGUGGCUCAUCAGGAAUGAGGUUCUUCGGUAGCAUGUUUAAAUCAUCUGUGUCAAACACGUUGCCCAUUUAACAGAUAAUUAAAUGCAUUUGACUGCAAAUAUUACCUAAGUAUAGGUUAAAUUUGUAAUAAAAAAUUGUAUCCAAUGAAUUUUAUAGUUAUAAUUAAAUUAAUUUAAAUAAAAUUGCCUUAAUAUUUAUAAGAUUUCUUAGAUUUUGUACCAGUUAUAUUAUCACAAGUAACCUUUUUUCAUGUAUUAUAAUAUCUAGGUCUUUAUGUUUAACUUUUUUUUUUACUGCUAAACACUGAUAAACUGUAUUGUAACUGUAUUCGAAUAAUUACCCUUAGAAUUUUAAUUGAGCAAAUUAUUUAAUUUUGUAAAUAAUAAUUGUAAAUUAAAUUUAAGUACUUUUUGUCAAUUAAAGUUAUAAUCAAUUUGUUUCCAGCGCACACUAUCAAUCUUUUUAAUCUUAUAAUACUAUAUUAUUGUUAGCAUGUCUGUGGUAUUUUAAUUAUUCCGUCUACUUCAUGUUUUGUAGCUUUGACAAGUAUUAAUUAUUUUUCAAAAUACAAAAAGGGGCCUUAAAUAAAAUAUCAUUGAUGUGUUCAUUAAUAUUGUUUAAAUGUAUUUAUAAUUCUGAACUUAUACAUAUCAUAUAAUGUAAACAGGAGCACAAAUAAAUAUUAUAUAAAAUAAGAUACUUAAUAAAUUCAUAAUUAAUUUUAUGAUAUUUCAUUGUAAUCUAAAUCACUUUAAGUUUAUUUUCUAAACUGCGCUUAUCAUUGUAUUUAUUUAAUUAAAAAAUGAAUCGGGACUGAUAUGUACGUUUGUGCGGAAAGUAUGAGUGAAUGAUUUCAUUAAGAAUAUCUUUGUAAAUAAACUUUAAAAGUCU